AAUGAUUAUGGUUAACGGUAAUCGUUGGGUGUUCACGAUAUAAAGUGACUGGACUCCCAGGGAGUGGCUACUCUGGAUUGUUUCUAUGAAGAGAAGUCAGAAUCAAAUUCAAUUUUUUUAGUCAAAGAAAUCAUAGAUUUUGAAUGAGAUGCUAAUGAUUUAUCACGAUUUCACCGUGUAAAAUUAUGUGGAAAUAUUAACGUGAGUGAAGAAAAUAUUAUGGAUUAUUAUCAAACAUCGAUGUGAAUUUUUUAAAUUAACAAUCUAAAGAAUUCAAAGAAAUAUAUGGUGAUCCGUGUAAAAUAACUGUCGGCCCUAGGUAAGGAGAGAAAGGACGCGUGUUAAAAAUGAAGCCUGUCGUAUGGACGAGAGAGCCGUUCAAAGAGACGAUCGUGGCAGACAACAUGGCGCCGCGCGAAGCGUCGUCGGGGCGUCGUGACGUUUCCCGCGCGCGUCAUUAACGGAAGUGAGGCCACAAAAUGGCGGAGUUUUAUGUAGCUGAAGUGUGAAAGAGGCGUUGGAGAGAAGACGAGGGCGCCUACACGCCAGCGGUGUAGAGGAGCUUUCCUAAGAGAGACAAAAUAUGUGUAGUCGAAUGUCUGCAAGCGAGAUGAACGCUUCGAGUGCCGAUCAUUGUGUUGGCUUGUGCCAGGGCUAGAGCGGGGAUACUCUAUAAGAAAAAUAGGAUGACUGGUGGCUGUCGGUAGUCCGUAAUGUGUAAAAGUGGGGACUAUUGAAGCUUAUGGUAUAAUGAAAAAGUGGGGUGAACAAAUCAGGAGAAGGUAUCACGUGGUGAGGGAACAUGAAUUUGAGAGUGGGGAUGGCCAGUAUCUAAAGUCUGUUAUAUUACUUGAAUUUCUUGGUAUGUGUUUGUCCAUGGAGGGGAGAAUACAGCUCAUAGGUCGAAAAGUGGGGGAAAGAGCAGAGCAGACUUUUCAGGGGGAGACGUUUUGUGGUGGGGAUGAAAAUUAGUUACGGCAUCCAGCAAGACCUAAAAGGAACUCCGUGCGUCGCGCGGCCAGGCCACUCCGUGCAAUGUUACGCGUUAAGGUAUGCUUGUGGUGUGUUCAGAGUGCCGGUUUACCUUACUCACGAUAAUUUGAGGUUAAGAACAAAGGAGGACACUUAGUUGACAUUUGUUAGGAUUUUGUGAAUUGUUUUGGCCUUGUUUUUCAAAGGUUCUAUUUUUUCUUUGCUCACGGUGGUAUUCUAUAAUGCUGACAAGUGGGAUAGUGUGAUCGCGUGAUCUCAGACAGUGUCCAUGAGGAUUAUCGGAAGUACCGAUUAACUCCAACGACUAUCAUUCUCCAAGAGAGUACACUAGCUUGUGAUAAUGGCGCACGGUGUCAGCGAAGUUCUGGCUGAGAGUAAUUCUACUACCAGGAUGACCACCAGCAAACAUAACCAAGCUCAAAACGUUCGGAAAACAGUUGGCGUGAUGGGCAGCAGACGUAUAUUCGCACCUGCUUUUAAGUUGAAGGUACUGGAUUCCUAUAGGAACGAUAUAGAUUGUCGUGGCAAUCAGCGUGCUACUGCCAGAAAGUAUGGCAUACAUAGGCGCCAGAUACAAAAGUGGUUGCAGUGCGAGGAUAAUCUGCGUAGUAGUUGCGCAGAGAUGGUAACGUCAUCAUCGCCGGUGAGUUCAAAUUCAUCGUCCUCGUCCUCAUCAUCGUCGUCAGCCUCAUCGACGACGCUGGGAAGCCCCGCAAUAACCGAGGGCGCCCCGACGGCUGAUGCGGGAAGCGUGGCUCCUUUAGCGCCGGCCUUGAACCUCAGUCUCGCCAGACUGCACGGCGACGAUGUGCCUCCGGGGCCCCUAGCCACUCCACCCUCACCACACUAUCCGCAGACCAGCACUUCAGGAUAUCAUCAAGAGUACAUUAAUCAGGAUCAGCAUGGCCAGGAUAUUACCUACCGUAGUGAUGAAGCAGACAAGUAUUAUGCUAUGGACGGUUAUGAUGCCAAGGUAUGCCAGAGUGCACAGGGAUACGCGAUGAAUCAAUCUAAUCAUCAAAAUCAUAAAGAUCAUCAAGAGACACACCCAAGUGAACAUAGUCAUCACCAUCAGUAUCGAGAUUCUCAUGGAAGCGUACUACUGGCCCGGACGAUAAAGUCGGAACGUGCAAGCAGCCCAGACUCGGUGGCGACAACAGGGCCGUACGAGGCGCUGGGGCCGCCCUGCGGUCCCCUAGGGGCCGUACCGUGCCCUCAUCAAGAGAACACCAGCACCAGGGGAGCUACGGCUACUCCACCACCUACAUGCAUAGUAGCGUCGCCACCUGGUAGUGUCCAUUCGCCAGGACACGCGUGUCCCAUGAAUUCUCAGAAGCCGAGUACAUUCGAGCCCGAGGAAGCUGGAGGGCUUAGCAGUGCCUAUGGGCCACCUGGGCAUGUAUCCUGUUCCAGGAUUUACCCAGGUCCUGGUAGUCCCCAAGGGCCCCAUUCCAGUCCUCCAAGCCCUCAGGGCUCGGCAAGAUCAAGCACCAGCUCUGACAGCGAAUUGGACCCUCUCGAUUUUUCAAAUCAGAAGCAAUCGGCUGACCUCGCUAGGAGAAGGUCCUUCUCCUUGAGAUUCAAACUUGAUGUCCUCGACGCAUUUCAUCGGGACGUCGGCGUUGCUGGUAAUCAACGCGCUACUGCCAGAAAGUUUGGAAUUAAUCGUCGUCAGGUACAAAAGUGGCUCAGUCAGGAGACUGAACUCAGGGGUGAAAUUGCCCUGAGAGGCGGUACAUCGAGACAGAGACUUGGACCUAGUCAGGAUGUUGGAGAAGUACCAGUUGAUUUGAGAAUCCAUUGUUCUAUGCCAGAGAGUCCGACACCAUAUUGCUGCGAACUGAGUGUACCAAGGACUGGCUACUAUACUGGGAACAUUGUGGAAUCUCCUGAGGUGUCAUACAGGACAUGUAUAUUAUCAUGCUGCACGGAAGGUACCACUGAAACAUGUUAUCAGGAGAUGAGCAUAACGAGACCCUGUUAUACAUCACCGCAGAGGAUAUACUGUUACUCUCCAAGAGAAUCUGUAGAAAUAGGUAUUCUCCAGGAAAACACAGAGCCAGUUUUAUCCUCUCCGUUGAAAAGGUCUUGUACUCUAUCUUGUUGCUAUGAACCAUCAUCUCCUAAGAAGAUCUGCCUAGACUCUGAUGAUCCUCCUCAGGACGUACCGUUGUGCUUAGUAAAACCUAAAAGAAUCUGCGAUCUAGAGCUGGUGACUAGUACAGUACCCACGCCUCCGACACCAACACCAGCAGCUAAAAAAGACGCCAUCCUCUUCAAACCUUACCUGGACAACCCAGUAAGCAAGCCCAUUGAUGACGACGGCCAAAUAUCCCCAGUGCCGAAUAAUAACAACAACUGCCAAGGUAUCUGCAAUCUGAAUGAAAAUCGUGGUCAUGACUACGCUCUGGAAUUGAGUCUCAGGGUUCCGGUAUCCUGGAGAACAGUGCAAACUCCAUACACGGAUUAUCCCCAGGUUAGAAGUGCCUUCGUGAGGUAUCCAACGAGUCCCCAUUACACCUAGUGCGAUUUCACUUCUUUAUCGAGGUCCGGAGACGAUAACCAAAAAUCCAAAAAUGGUACAAUACAGUAUAACACAAAAUAACAUUACACCAACAUAUCCCACUAACAAAAACACAUACAUACUUGUAAAAUCUAAUAACCGUUUUCACUUAGAAAAAUUGAAGUUCAUAAUCAUGAACCAUAAAGUUGAAGAUUCUGAUUAGUUAACUCAAUUCAUCACGUUGAACCAAUCAAAACUUUACAUCCAUACGGUUACGACCAUUCGUUCUUCGUACAAUAGCUUUAACAAGAAAUGUAUUCUAAAACGGUGUAAGAUUAGGUUAGUCUUUCUAAUUAACGUAAGGUGAAAAGGAGAUACGUGAGGCCCGACACGUUAGACAUGCUUAUCCAUCCGAUCGAUGAAUCCACUGAUAAGGUUACAAUCAUCGGCUAAGAUAAGCUAGGAAGACGCCUUACAGUACAGACGUCUUAACGGAUAAAGAAUUGACUCGUCCACCUUUUUAAGCGUCGUUCAGGCUUCCUUCUAUUUUUUUUAUCAACACACAUCGGAGUCAUGGAGAUUAAAAAAUGUCUUAUCGACGAGGCCGUUUAGAGGUCGUCGUCGUGUGCCGCUAUACUCAUGCGCGCUUCUAUUAUUAUGAAAUUGCGUGAGCAAAUGACUGGACACGUGACGUCACGCGAUAAAUUGUUAAGAGCUUCGUUUCUUUUUAUAAUCACUAGAGUCGUUGGCUUCUUGCCUGAUGUAUUUUGCCAAUUUGACGAAAUCAUCGUACGAUUUGGUAAUUGAAAAGGGACGUUCGACGAACCGGUGUAACUAACAACGAGAGAAAGGAGAGAAAUUAUAUAAUACCGAGGAGAAUUAUAUCGGUAUCAAAGUAUGGAUGGGAAUGUAAUCGAUUUGCUCAAAGAAUUGCUUCCACAUACAGCAUAUUGUAUGUCUCUUAGAUAGGUCUUGGCAAUUAACAUUGCCCUAACGUAUCUCUCCGUUUUAUAUUCAUUAUCUAUUUUCUUCUUUAAUUUUUCUUGCGUGCCUCAGAUCUCGCGUAGUAUUCUAUCUUUUCGUAUCAAAUUUCUUAAUUCUUCUACUAGCGUCAGUUUUUUUUUUUAUUUUCAUUUAAAUCCCGUAGUUUUUUCCGGGGCGUUUCGUUCUCCUGCAAGGUUUCGUAAAUCAUUGAUUAAUAUUGUUGUAAAUAUGUCUAUAUGUAUACAUAAAGCGCGAGAGAGACUAGCAAAACCAAUAGAAAGAACUGGAAACGGACCUGUGCGUAUACAAAUCAACGUAUCUUUGUCUAUAAUGUAUUCUAUGGUCGAAUCCGAAGAUCAAUCCAAUGGAUUGCGUGUUAAAGAAUGAAUUCUGUUUCUAGGAAGAAUUGGAGGUACACGAUGAUUUGUGCAAAACAAUAAUACGUGACACCUUGCGGACCAAAAAGCAAGGAAACAGAUACUAAGUAGGAACAAACUGACAAUCAUAAUUAAUAAGUAAUUCAAUAUGGAGCUGUGUACGUGCCUUUCCAAUUGUCUUCUUGGUGGAGAGCCAAGAAAGGAAAAAUUUUGUACGACCAUUCGGAAACAUAAAUAUCCAAAAUGCAGAUGCGUAAGCAGAACGUUCUUUUUUUUUAAUUAUUGGAGAGAUCAGGAUUUACAAAACGCGUCUCGCAUCCGAGAAUUAUACAUAGGAAAAAGUAAAAGAGGAGUGUCGACAAGAGUAAAUUAAAGGUGCCUUACUCAAUUACAAGACUUUAGUCUAAACAGAUCUUUAUUGAAGCGGAUAUUCUCAUAUCUUGCAAUUGGAUCAAACAGAUUGAGUGUAAAAGAUUAGAUUUUAUAUAUUGAAAAAAAAAAACGAUGCCAACGCACGAAGUUCGCGUGCCAAUCCGAUGCGAAGGAAUAAACCCGUGUACAAUGAAUAACGAUGACUUUUACACCGUAAGCCAUAAUAGUUACAUAAUGCCAUAACGUUUAACAUAAUAUGGCGCAUCCAACGCCAAUCACCGAAGCAUAAAGUAAAUGACGAGCGAUAUAUUUAUAUAUACAUAUUUUAAUGUGCACACAUCAUUUAUAUAUCAUUUUCUGUUCAUUAUCAUUUCGUCGACUUCUUCGUGAGAUUUUUGAUCGUUUGCGCGUACGCGGUGCCGUGGCACGAAGUCACGUUGAAAACUGCGACAUAUUAAAAUUUGUUAAUAACGGAAUCUCCGUCUUCAACUCGCCGUCUUAGCGAAUAAGAUAAAUCAUGUACAUUUUCGGGAAGGAAGAGUAUCCCGCGGGAUGUGACUAUUUAUAAAAAUUAUAUUUUAAUAUACUGUCUUUACAAGUGGCGCGAUAAGUGGAUAUUGAAGUUUUUGAGGAUACUAUACAGAAUUGUAAUUGCGUACAUAGUAAUUCUUGCAAGGCUAUGGAAAUAUUGUGCCUUUAGUCUCGUGGGUAUUUUGAAGAAUUUUUUUUGAUAGCGACUGAAAAAACUGUGAAAUUGGAUGAACGUCGACAAAAGAAUAAUAACAGCGGAAAAGGAGAAAUGAUAUCUCGUUUAAGACCGGCAGCUCAAUUGUGUGAUAAUAUUAAGGUGUAUGAGGAGGUGUCAUUUUUCUUUAGAGAAUGAAAGAGAGAGAGAGAGAGAGAGAGAGAGAGAAUGCGUUGGUAUGCAAACAAGCGAGAAUGUUGUACAAAGGACGAAUUAACCUUAUUACGAAUUAUCUUCUUCUUUAAUGCGCAGAGUAGGCAACGCGAGACGAAUUAAUUGUAUUAUUACUGUAUUAUAUACACGAUAAGAGUAGAUAUAUAUUAUAUAUUAUAAAUAGAUAGAGAUAUAUAUUAUAUAACGAUGCCUAGGAAUUUACCGAAUUUGAGAGACAAAAAUAUAAGAGAUUAUUUUAACGAAA